UCACCACGGCGUCACUGUAUUUAAAUUCACUCAGACCGGGUCGCUGUCGGCAUCUUCUCCUGCAGUCCGAGAAGUUUUGCUUUUAGCCCGAACGAUACAAAACCCCUCGUCGCAUAAGGUGCUCUUUUUUUUUUACUCCCACGGGCUUCUAUUUCCUCCCUCACCAUGUCUGCAGAGAUGCGGCGCAGCAGCACAACUCCGGUCCCGAUCAAAAACAUCGAGAGGGAGCUGAUCUGCCCGAUCUGCAAGGAGCUCUUCACCCACCCGCUGAUCCUGCCCUGCCAGCACAGCGUCUGCCACAAGUGUAUCAGGGAGCUGCUGAUGCUGAACCACGAGGACUCUUUUGAUGCCGGCUCCGAGUGCUCCCUGCCGGGCAGCCCCAGGUCCAGGGUGCCCUCCCCGUCCAUGGAGAGGCUGGACCGGCUUGUGAGAUCAGGUGGGUCUCGGGGCUCCAUCUCGUCCCCCGGGUGGCGCCGAGGCUCCGUGACUCCCCGGGUCACCACCAUCCCAUGCCCGGGCUGCCAGCACGACAUCGACCUCGGUGAGCGCGGCAUCAGCAUGUUGUUCCGUAACUUCACCCUGGAGAACAUCGUCGAGCGCUACCGCCAGGCCGCCCGCGCAGCCAUCGCCAUCAUGUGUAACAUCUGUAAGCCUCCGCUGCAGCAGGAGGCUACAAAGAGCUGCAUGGACUGCAAGGCUAGCUACUGCAACGAGUGCUUCAAGUUGCACCAUCCCUGGGGCACGCCCAAAGCUCAGCACGAGUAUGUUGGUCCCACCACAAAUUUUAGGCCCAAGGUGCUCAUGUGCCCAGAGCACGAGAUGGAGAAGGUUAACAUGUACUGUGAGGUCUGCAGACGACCCGUGUGUCACCUCUGCAAGCUGGGAGGAUCCCACGCCAACCACAAGGUCACCUCCAUGAGCAGCGCCUAUAAGAUCCUCAAGGAGAAGCUGGCCAAGAGUAUCCAUUACCUCAUCAGCAAAGAGGACCAGGUCCGGACUCAGAUUACUGAUCUUGAGUUGCUCGUCAAUCAGACCGAGGAAAAUGGACAGCUGGCAGAGCGUCAAGCCAAUGAGCACUUUGAGCGUCUGUUCGAGACUCUGCAGGAGAGGAAGUCUGAGAUGCUGAAGUCCAUCGAACAGUCUAGAAACCGACGCAUGGACCAACUCAAGACUCAGAUGGAGGAGUACCAGGGCAUGCUGGAGAACAGUGGUCUCGUGGGCUACGCUCAGGAGGUGCUGAAGGAGACGGAUCAGUCCUGCUUUGUACAGACUGCAAAGCAGCUGCACCUCAGGAUCCAGAAGGCCACGGAGUCUCUGAGGACCUUCCAUCCUGCGUCUGACCCCUGCUUUGAUGAGUUUCUGCUGGACACAUCCAGAGAAGAAACUCUGCUCAAAGAGAUGUGCUUUGGUGGAGUCCCUGACCCUCCCUUGAUUGACCUGUCCAAUAGCAGAGUCUAUAAUGAGGCCUCGAUCUGCUGGAGGCUGCCGAUACACCUACCUACAGAUCACCACAUGCUUGAAUACCGCAGACUCGGAGGCCCGAACAAGUCCCCGUCCCAGGAGGACAGUGAGGACAGUGGGGGCUGGAGGGCUACCGAGAGGGUGUACGGGCCUAGCACUGUGGUGUGUGACCUAGACGCUGACAGCCUGUACUCCUUCAGGGUCCGAAGCUGCAGGAACUCCAUGUUCAGCCCCCACAGCCCUGAGGUCACCUUCCACACACCACCUGCACCUGCUUUUGGUUUCCUGUUCAGUGACAAGUGUGGCUUCAGUACGGAUCGCCUCAUUCUAAACAAGCGGCGGGACACUGUGGAGAGCGUCGCCAGCAUGGCCUUCCUCCUAGCAGCAGAACGUGUGCAGACGGGCAGCUACAUUGGCCUAGACUACAUCAUUGGGGACACGGGCAUCACUCAGGGAAGACACUACUGGGCCUUCAAGGUGGAGCCGUACUCCUACAUGGUUAAAGUUGGAGUGGCCUCCGAUUCAAAGCUGCUCGAAUGGUUUCACAACCCCAGAGACACCAGCAGCCCGAGGUACGACCAUGACAGUGGGCAUGACAGCGGCAGUGAAGACACAUGCUAUGAGCUCUCGCAGCCCUUCACCCUCCUCACCUUGGGGAUGGGCAAACUCUUCAUCCCCAAGACUUCUUCAUCCUCUACUGCCUCCACAGCGAACGCAGCGUCUGUUGACCCCGGCAACCGCGUGCUCCCCUUGCCACAGCGCUUGGGCGUAUGCCUAGAUUACGAUGCGUGCCGGGUGUUUUUUUACGACGCCGACACCAUGAGGUGCCUUUAUGAGAGGCAGGUGGAUUGUUCGGGAACAAUGUAUCCCGCUUUCGGGCUCAUGGGCAGCGGAAAGGUCCAACUGCAAGAGUUCACCACCGCUAAGAGACUGACCUUCUGAGGAAGGAUGGAGCAUGUGGAUGCUUUGGGAGCUGCGUCUUUGGCAUGUUCUGGGAAGAGCAGAUUUUAAUGACAGGGUCAUGGAGUAAAAUCCAAAUAGUUGUUGUUUUUUGAGGGUCAGAUAAAUCGGAUGUGAUCAGGGUCUUCAGUCCUAAAUGUGAAAGUGGGAUCUCUGCCAGAGACUGACCUAUUUACAGUCGGCAUGUAUAAUGUAUGAUCCAGACUCAAAAGUAGAACGCUGAAUAUGAGUGUCCACACACUAAGGUCUUCAGAGGCUGGUAUGUGAAAGAUCUUCUCGACACACCAAAGUCUCUAUCUGUUAAUUGUAUUGGACCUGGUUUUAAUUGACGGCUAUGAUCAGCUGUUAAUAAAGUGGAAUUAGUCUGCAGCUACUUUACAUCUUAAUUGUUUAAACGUAAACCGCCUUUGAGCUUCCACUUCCACUUCCUCUUUUGCCAGGUAUAUGUUCAUAGAAUAUUUGAGUAUUAAUUAUUGGGUGAUCUUUAUUUGAUGUGCUCUUCUCUGUCACUAUUUGUCUAAAAGUAGCAGCAUAGGUUUAGAUGUAAUCUUGGUGGACCUAAGAGCCUUGUAGCUACUAUAAAGCUAGCGCCUUUGUGCCUUUUUUCUUUCUUUUUUUUAAAGGAAAUGGGUCCUUUAGUUGGCUCUAGCAAGCAAAUGUUGGUGUCAUUGCACAAGCAUUAUGAAAAUACUUAGCAUAACUACUGUACGUGAGUUUUUAUUGUCGGUGGGUUUAUCACAGGUGUCAAAGUUAAUAGUCGUCACUAUACUCCCCUUUUUUUUUUUUUUCUUCUUGACUUCAUCACAGAAAACACUACCGUUCUGUUCAGCUGUUUUUGCACAAUAUUAUGAAUGAAGCCUCACGCAUGAUAAUCUUAACAAUCAUCACGUUUUGAUCACUACCUAGUUCACUUCUUCACUUUAAACGUCGUAGACACAAUCGGCACGUUAGUGUCUCGGUCACACACUCAAACGCGUUCACCUUUUUUUUACAACCAUCAACCUACAUCCUGGACUAGUUACUUGGAUUUUAAAGCCUCUCACUGUUUGCACAGCGCUGAAUGUGACUCGUGCACCAUAUUAAAAUCAGCCGGGUACCAGAACACUGUACUUGUAGUCCACGUCAGCUGCAAAGUCACUAAUAGCCAAAGCGCAUGGAAAGUCGAGGUGCUGACACACCACUCUGUGGCCUAGCAGCCUUUUGACAGUUUUAGAACACACGCAAACACGGUUCUUCAGGUUCUUACAAAAAGUGCUAUCACAAAACACCGUUCAGUACCUUUUUUCUUUUUCUUUUUCUUACCAUCAAUACCACCGUUUACUUGCAGAAGCAUAAAGUGUAGCAUAUUAGUGUCACUGGUGAGAGCCGCUAUCAGACGGAUCAUAUAAGUAGUUGAUUGGCUUAGCUCUAAAUGAGCUUAGAUAUUCCAGUCUAAGAGCCGGGGCAGCCACACUUUGUAUCAACAGACUGCAUCUUUAACCUGCACGUGGAUUUGUUGAUGCAUUCAUUUUUUUAACAUUUUUAUUUCUGGAGGGUUGAGGUAAUCGCUGUGUUUCUCAGGUUUCGGCCCCCGGUUGGGGCCUCGUGCUACCUACCUCUGUCCAUCAGGCCUGGGAAACCUUAACUGCUGUACCUUUCCUCACAGAAACACCUCUUUGAUUUGCAGCUUUGUCCCGAACAGUCAGUUCGAUAUCGCCGUCUUCUCUUUAAAUGUCAGAUUUUUCUAAAAUUUUUAUUUUUAACUUCCAUGUAUAUGUUAAUCCAGAGUAUUAUUGUUGGUGAAAUAAAGUACAUCUUAAAUGUU